UCUUCUGAUGGGUGCUAUAAAUACUACCUUUCUCAGUCUCUUUAACGCAUAUAUUCAUUCUCUGCUCUUUUUCCUUUUGGUGUUUGUUUUCCUGGAAAGUGAAAGAAAAAAAAAAUGGAACUUGAUCUUUCUCCAAAGUUGGCCAAGAAGGUGUAUGGAGACAAUGGUGGUGCGUACUAUGCCUGGUCCCCAUCUGAGCUUCCCAUGCUUCGUGAAGGGAAUAUUGGUGCGGCCAAGUUGGCUCUUGAGAAGCACGGGUUUGCUCUCCCUCGAUACUCUGAUUCUCCCAAGGUUGCUUAUGUUCUUCAAGGAAGUGGUACAGCUGGAAUUGUCCUUCCUGAAGCAGAAGAGAAGGUCCUUGCAAUUAAGAAGGGUGAUGCUCUUGCCCUCCCUUUUGGUGUUGUAACAUGGUGGUACAACAAAGAGGACACCGAGUUAGUUGUUCUUUUCUUGGGAGAUACUUCAAAAGCUCACAAAGCUGGUGAGUUCACUGAUUUUUUCCUGACGGGUUCCAACGGGAUCUUCACCGGCUUUUCAACUGAGUUUGUGGGCCGAGCAUGGGACUUGGAGGAGAAUGUUGUUAAGACCCUUGUUGGAAAGCAAUCAGGCAAUGGAAUUGUUAAGCUUGAUGGGAACUGCAAAAUGCCUGAGCCAAAGAAGCAAGAUUAUUUGGGCAUGGCAUUGAAUUGUGAAGAGGCUCCAUUAGAUGUGGACAUUGUAAAAGGUGGAAGGGUUGUUGUCUUGAACACCAAGAACCUUCCUUUGGUUGGUGAGGUUGGGCUUGGGGCUGACCUUGUUAGGUUGGAUGGUGGUGCCAUGUGCUCUCCUGGAUUCUCUUGCGACUCGGCAUUGCAGGUGACUUAUAUUGUUCGGGGUAGCGGCCGUGUUCAAGUUGUUGGCGUUGAUGGCCGCAGGGUCUUGGAAACAACUCUUAAGGCGGGUAAUCUGUUCAUUGUGCCAAGGUUCUUUGUUGUUUCCAAGAUUGCAUCUUCUGAGGGUAUGGAGUGGUUCUCUAUCAUCUCCACCCCCAAUCCAAUUUUCACUCACUUGGCUGGAAGGACUUCUGUGUGGAAGGCUUUAUCUCCUGAGGUGCUCACAGCUGCAUUCAAUGUGGAUCCGGAUACAGAGAAACAUUUCCGGUCUAAGAGGACUUCUGAUGCCAUUUUCUUCCCUCCACCAAGCUGAACAAAAAACUAGCUUAGUCUUUUUAGUUUUCUAGUAACUAGUCACCCCAAUAAAAAAGCUUGAAGCUUGAUUUCUUUCUCGUUUAUGUUCCUGGUUUUUAAGUUUUUUACUUUGUUAAUAUGGUUUGGUUUUGGAUAAUGUUCAUGUGGGGUUAAAUAGGACCUGGCUUGUGUGUUCUCUAAAUCCUUCCAUUUUAUUCUGGUUAAGCAAACAAUUUCUAAUGUUUUCAUGUUAAUGCAUAUAAUGUUCCAUUUUA